AUGAGCAAUGGGGACGAUGCCAUGUAUGAUGUUGAGAUUUCUGAUGGUCGAAAGCGCAAGGUGCUGGAUGGCGAUGGAAAUGCGUCGGCACUUGAAGUUGUGGAGAGAGAUCCACGCAAAAGAAGUUCUGCGCAGUAUCAUCUGGCGCGCCUUCUUAAGAGCUUCAUCAUAAUUGGUAACAGCAAGCAUGUGCUUGUCAGGUCUGACAUUAUGUCGGAAGAGGAUACCCAUGGCACAGAAACAGGCAAGUACAACCGCAGCAAAAGAUGUGGCGGAGGUGUGUAUUGA